UUAUGCACAACAGUGACAUGACGUCAGCAACAAAUACUAAGAAAACCUAGCCACACUUUCUCGGAAAAGGUUUCAGUCUACUCUGGUUUGUAAGCUCGGCGGCGGCGAUUACAGCAUUCAUUUUAGCGGCGGCGGCGGCGGCGAGUGUAAUGACAGAUCACGGAGAAAUGAUUAAGGGAGACAAGCUUGUACUAAGGGGUCUUAUGUUUCAUGGGUACCACGGCGUAAAGCCAGAAGAAAAUAAAUUAGGGCAGAAAUUCUUGAUUGAUGUUGAUGCUUGGAUGGAUCUACAAGCUGCUGGUAAUUCUGACGAUUUAUCAGACACCGUUAGCUACACUGCUAUAUAUAGUAUAGUUAAACAAGUGUUGGAAGGAGUUCCGCAUAAACUUCUGGAAUCUGUAGCUCAAGUGAUUGCCUCUACGGUGCUCAGCAAGUUCCCUCAGGUUUCUGCAGUUCGAAUACAGGUCGGAAAGCCGCAUGUUGCAGUCGUUGGACCUGUCGAUUACUUGGGUGUUGAGAUUACUAGGUAUCGUAGUUGAUGUUUGUACUAAGUUGUGAGCUUUCGGGGCUUCGAUUUCGACUCGUUGAAGUUGAGAAAUGCUUGUUAUUUUUUCAUUUUGCAAGUUUUUUUAUUUCGUAUCUGGUAAACAUUUCCUUAUCGAGAAUAGCAUUUUCAGAAAUCAGUUGGAUUUGCGA